AUGAUCGAUAUGUCUAAUACGCGUGACGAGAAGGAAGAAACUAAUGACCCAAAAAAUAAUUCGCUUGAGACAGCCUUACCCACCAUCCUUUGCAACGUCGAGUCGCCUCCCGACAAACCAAAUGUUUCUAAAACAACCUCGUUGCAAUGUUCGGAAUCAAAAUUAUCUCUUCCUUCAAAUUUAGGUACAUCCACAUCUCCACUACGAUUGUCGUCUCCGUUGUCCUUGCCUACAUCUCCUACACCUUUUGUGAAAACUUCACUUCAAGUGGGAUCUAAUAAAUCUUUGGCCAAUCCACGACUGUCGUCAUCGCCAGUGAAAUCUACUCAGCAAAGUUCAAAUAUGAAUAGUGGUUCUGCUACGGGUAAUCCACGAAACAAAUGCGCUCUUCAACCUGGUCAUAGUCUAAUGGAUUGGAUUCGACUAGGCAACUCCGGCAAAGACUUAACAGGAGUUGGCGGACGAAUUAGACCGGUACACCCAUCUGAACUUGCAACACACAAUAAAAAAAAUGACGCCUGGUUAGCUAUUCGUGGUCGAGUUUAUAACAUUACGCAUUAUUUAUCAUAUCAUCCUGGAGGCCCAGAAGAACUUAUGCGAGGAGCUGGUAUAGACGCAACAGAGCUAUUCGAUAAAGUACAUCCGUGGGUAAAUUAUGACUCGCUCCUGGCCAAAUGUCUCGUUGGUCCUCUUCGUUUUGAUAGACCUGAUGGAGAAGAACUUUUUAGUACAUUUAAUUCGUCUAAUAAAUCUGAACGUCUACGAGAGCCUUCUAAAGCUCAGGAGCUUGUAAGGAAAUCAAUGGAAAACAUAGCAAACUGUAUAACUCCUGUUAGAAAGAAAGUGUCAAAUAGAAAUGAAGAAAAUGCAAAAGGGAGUCCACCAAGUAAAAUUAUGCAGAGUCUUAUACACUCAAGUGAAUUGCCUGUGUCAAUAAGUCGAAAAGCGGGUUCAAGUCCUCUGAGAACCGAUAAAAACAAUGAUAAUACACCACCAUCUUUUCGCUUUGAUUGGAUACAAACAUCUACAAAACUAACGAUUUCAGUAUACACUGGAUAUCUGGCCAAUCCAGGCGGCUGUGCAAGGAUAACUGACGGAAAUCUUCUCAUUGAAGUAGUAACUAACGGUUGGUUAAGAACUAUAAAAUUAGUGCCUGAGGAUGCGUUACAAGAACCGUUACAAUUACGGGUCUUCGCUGAAAGCGGGAAGAUAGAAGUUAUAGCUCAAAAAGCAGAAUUGAAAAUUUGGAAAAAUUGCGGCGAUACAAAUGUAAGUACAGCUAUUAAAAUGACAGCUCCUCGCACAAUAGAAUGUCGUGUUGAGAGUAUCAGUCCAGUGACGCAAGAUACAAUGUUAUUAGCGUUAGCACCACGUUCUGGCCCUGUCGCCGUUCCAAUAGGACAUCAUGUACGAGUACAUAAAACGCUUUCAGGUUCCGAAUGCAUACGAUCUUAUACUCCUGUUGGUGAUAAUUGGGGCUCUUCUAGUAAUGUAUCAGCACCAAUUAGACUUGCUAUAAAAAGAUACGAAUCUGGCGCUUUGUCACCAACGCUCACAUCUUUAAAAGUUGGAGAUCACAUCACCGUGUCAGGGCCCUACGGAAAUUUUGAACUCCAUAAGUUAAGAACAGUAACAACUAUGUUUUUGAUAGCAGCUGGUACUGGAAUUACACCAAUGUUGGGCUUAUUGAAAUUUAUGCUUUCAAGAUCUAAUCCUCGAUGUGAACGUGUCACCUUGCUUUUCUUUAACAAAACUGAAGACGAUAUUUUGUUUCGAGCAAAUUUAGAACAGAUGAUGAGUCAAGAUAAUAGACUUAACGUCGUGCACAUUCUAUCAAACGCAAAUUCAACAUGGGUCGGACACAAGGGACGAAUAAGUAACGAGCUUUUAUCUGAAAUACUUGGUGAAGCAGCUUUUAGUUCUGGUGAUGAGUGUUCACAUUUUGCUUGCUUGUGCGGUCCUACGGAGUUUACCCAUGCCGGCAUCGAUUUGUUGAAAAACCUGGGUAUGAGGGAAAUGUAUAUACAUGCUUUUAUAGGGUAA